ACCAGUCAGUCAACUAGCCAGUCAGCCUGCCUAUCCAGUUUGAUCCUUUGCGAUCACGAUUGGUUCGCACGCGGCCAAACAACAACAGUCCGUCGUCUGUCCGGACAGCAGCAGGCCCGUUAGGAUGAACAAGCUGGAGUAUUCGCGGCGCAAUGGCACGCAAAAGAUCCGAAUUACAAUACUCUGCGCCCGUAAUCUGGCCCGGAAAGACUUGUUCCGGCUGCCCGAUCCGUUUGCCAAAAUUCUCGUCGAAGGUACGACCCAGGAAUAUACGACAGAAAUCUGCAAAGCGUCGCUUGAUCCGCGCUGGAACUCACACUACGAUCUGUUUCUGGGCAAGAACGAUAACAUCAUCAUUUCGAUCUAUAACCAUCGGAAGCUGCACAAGCGGCAAGCCUUUCUCGGCUGUGUACGGAUAGUGGCCGCCAGCAUUCAGCUUCUCCGUGAUACUGGAUAUCAACGGUUAGAGCUGGUGAAACGUUCGCAGGAUGAUCCGGACCCGGUCAAGGGACAAAUCAUUGUGUCGCUAAUGUCGCGCGACAGUGCGACCGGUGGUACGCCGCUCGCAAUCGUCAGCCCGGCCGGCGAUGUACGUGUGCCGGAUGAUGAUGAUGCACAGGACGAUACGCUUAUCGUCGAGCAGCAGCAACAGCAGCAGUUGCCCCAGGGCUGGGAGGAACGGUCGACACAGAAUGGACGCACGUACUACGUGAACCAUUACACCAAGACGACACAGUGGCCACGGCCAACGGAACCGGCCGGUCCGCCCGUUCGUCAGCAGGUGGUGAACAAUGGUUCUUCUACACCUUUAACCGCCAACGGGAAUGUAAACGGGGCAGGAGUUGUUCCUUCACAGCAGCACAUUCUCGGGAGUCCGACCAACAACAACAACAACAACAACAACCACAACACUGCCAAUGGGGAUGAAUCGGGCUGCCCCACGAUACCGGCCGGUCCGUCCAAGUCAGCCACCAACAACAGCAUCAAUAGUAUUCAGUCGAACGACUCUGGUAGCCGGCGGCAUUCGGCCGAAAUACUGGUCAGCUCAAACAAUAAGGAAAACUGCAUCAAUCAACAGCACCACCACCAUCAGCCCCAACAGCACAAUGGGAAGGACCAUUCGCGAGGAGGAGGCGCGAAAGACGUGGAUUCUGCUGGACGGGAAGCUAAUCUAGUUAAUGGUGGUGGCGGUACGCCGGCCCACAACCGACACCGGAACGAUGCGAAAAGCCCUGUUCGCUUACAGGACGAAUCAAUACUGAUCACUCCCAGCUCUUCCAAUACGAGCCCGUUAAGUGAAAUCAACAGUCCAAUCACAUCACCGAAGCAGCAGGAUGUUUCACCACGUUCUGGGAACGGUGGAAGGGAACCUCAACAAGUCACUGGUAUGACAAAUGCCAUCGGAACCCUUUCGAUCGAAAACUCGCCUGCACAACCACCCAGCUCAGUUCGGUCACCUUCCAGCACGAACGCAUCCAACGGUGGACAGCAGUGUGUGGUGUUGGUGAACGGUAACGGAGGCGGUGGUGGUGGUGCUGGUACCAACUUUAGCAGUCCCAACCAUCAACAUUCGCGCAGCGGUACGGAUGCGAGUGUGCCAACGACAAAACCGACGGUGCCUUCGUACUUGCCGCUAAAUGCGAGCAGCAACAGCAUGGCCAAUGGUGGUGGCAACAGUAGCAGUAAUGGCGUUAGCAAUCAUAACAAUAGUUCUGCCGGUCCCGACACAAUCGGUGGUGGUGGUGGGACGGGUGGUGGAGGGGGCGGUGGUGGUGGAAGAUCACAACAGCACCAUCACGGUACACCGACCGGUGUUUCGUCCGGCGAAAGUUGCCAUCGGGAGGGAUCAGCAUCGCGUUACCGACCGCGGACGGGAAGGCACGGGGAGGAUCCGAGUCGACGGCGAACUUCACGCGACAGACCACCAAGACCAUCGAUGGGUGGUGGUGGUGGUGGUGGUGGUAUGGGUGGACAUCAAACCCGUUCGGGCGUACCUUUCGUUCGACCAGCAGUCGAUCUUCCUCAUGGCUAUGAAAUUCGAACAACGCAACAGGGACAGGUGUACUUCUACCACAUACCAACGAAACAGUCUACAUGGCACGACCCCCGGAUACCGCGCGAUUUCGACACCCAGAACCUUACGACGGAAACCCUUGGCCCGCUACCGCACGGCUGGGAGCAGCGGAAAACGGCCUCCGGGCGGGUGUACUUUGUCGAUCACAACAAUCGCACGACCCAGUUCACGGACCCACGGAUAAACUUACACAUCCUGCAUAUGUUACGGCGGCAGAACAGUGCGACCGCUUCGCCACCGGCAGUUACCGCCACCGGCAGUAACGGCUGCUCGUCCGUUGCCCCACUGUCCGGUGCUGGACCCCAGGUGCCGAACGGUAACAGUGGCGGGUCAAACCGGCAUGCAGCCCUGGCGGAAGCAGUAAACGCAAUUGCCAAUGGAGACGCGCAUCACCAUUCGCCGAGGGGUGCUGCUGCAACCGUAAGCAAUAACAUUCCCGAUCUACCGCAGGGCCUGAUGGACAGUGCCGAUCUGCUGCCGAAGUAUCGACGCGAUCUGGUCGGCAAGAUACGGGCGCUGCGGCAGGAGUUACAGCUGCUCCAGCCCCAAUCCGGUCACUGUCGGUUGGAGGUGUCUCGAAAUGAAAUAUUUGAGGAGAGCUAUAGACUGAUCAUGAAGAUGCGUCCCAAAGAUAUGCGCAAACGGUUGAUGGUAAAGUUUAAGGGUGAGGAGGGUCUGGAUUAUGGUGGAGUGGCCCGUGAAUGGUUGCACUUGCUGUCACGCGAAAUGCUCAAUCCACAGUACGGGCUGUUCCAGUACAGCCGGGACGAUCACUAUUCGCUGCAGAUCAAUCCUGACUCGGGCGUAAAUCCCGAACACCUGUCCUAUUUUCAUUUUGUCGGGCGCAUACUGGGCAUUGCCGUGUUUCACAACCACGUACUGGAUGGUGGCUUUACCCUACCGUUCUACAAGCAGCUGCUCAACAAACCGAUCACCCUGUCCGACAUCGAGGACGUCGAUCCGGAGCUGCACCGUAGCUUAAGGUGGAUACUUGAAAACAACAUCACGAACGUUAUCGAUUCUACGUUCAGCGUGGAAAAUAAUAGCUUCGGCGUGCUGAAGGUGCACGAGCUAAAACCGAACGGGGGCUCGAUUCCGGUUACCGAGGACAACAAGCGGGAGUACGUGAAGCUGUAUGUGAACUACCGGUUUAUGCGUGGCAUCGAACAGCAAUUUUUAGCUCUCUCCAAAGGAUUCGGUGAGCUGAUCCUUAGCCAUCUGCUGCGACCGUUCGACGAGCGGGAAUUGGAACUGCUCAUCAGCGGCAUUAGUCAAAUCGAUGUGAACGAUUGGAAGGCCAACACCCGGCUAAAGCAAUGCACCGCCGACACACCACAGAUCGUAUGGUUCUGGCAGAUCGUGGAAUCAUACUCACCGGAGAUGCGUGCCCAGCUGCUUCAAUUCGUUACCGGUUCGUGUCGUGUACCGCUGCAAGGAUUCCGUGCCCUGCAAGGGUCUACCGGUGCCGUCGGUCCACGGCUGUUUACCAUCCAUCUGACGGCGGACGUACCGAUCCAAAACCUGCCGAAAGCGCACACCUGCUUCAACCGACUCGAUCUACCGAUGUACGAUUCCUACCAGCUAAUGUACGACAAAUUGACGCAGGCCGUCGAAGAGACGUGCGGAUUCGCUGUGGAGUAGAAAGGGGGGG